AUGAAUAGCUACUUAUUUUUAAAAAAUACUGAUAUAAGAAAAAGUAUAAAUUUUACAAGUUUUUUCUAUUUAAAUAAGAGAGGGGUUCUUCAAUCAAAAUUCCAAAAAAAGAAUGAUAACUCAUAUAAUUUACCAUUCAGAGUAAGCAGAACUACCUCAGGAAAUUUGCCAGUUUAUCCCAAAAUAAGAAGACACGGAACAAUAGUUACAACAGUUGUUCGACAUAUAUAUGGGGAUAUUAAGGUAUUUAAGGAACAUUUAAGAAAUAUAUGCGAGGCACCAGUUAGGGAGCAUGUGGGAUAUAUUGAAGUUAAAGGAUUACAUACUUUAAAAAUAAAGCAAUGGUUACAGCAUAUUGGAUUUUAA